AAGGUGGUUUAUGAGGGCAGUGUCUUUUUAAAGUGUCUAGGUAUUCUGGCUAUUUACAUACAUGGGAAAAUAUGUUGUUUCUACCGGUAUGUUGAAAUCUCAAAGGUAAGUUUGUUUGUGUCACGGGUGAAAUGAACUGAUUUGUAAUUUUAUUUCUCUGGUUGAGUGAGGAAAACGUUGGCACAACUGCAGAAGAAAAUGACUGGAAAACAAAAACUGUCCAGAGUCCAACUUCAGGACUCACACAACAGACUAUUUAAAGGUCAAUGUUUAACAUGGUAUUUUUUUCUAGUGAAGAACAGACAAAUUCAUGAGAAUUUCAUCGUUAAAGAAUUCUUGGGAAUGAUUUUCCACACCAGCCCACGGACCAAGAGCUGUGUGGAAAAUCUGAUUCCUCCCCCGAUCGUGCUGGCUUUGAUGAAUUAGAGCUUCCUAAAUAUCCUCGUGACGUGGACCUCCAUAAAUGGCGUGUAGGCUGGACGGAGCCAUGAGUCAGCUCCGUUUGUUGGCGGGCGUGUUGCGGGUCAGGUGUACUCUGGGAAGUCUGUGGUUACGUGGUAAUGGAAGUGGCUCCACCAGACGCUGCCUUGACUCCUACAGGAGAAUGAGCUCCUCUGGAUCAACACCGGUUUCUCCAGCCAUUAUCAGCAGCUCCAGCUACGUGGAGGAGAUGUACUAUGCCUGGCUGGAUGACCACAAAAACGUCCACAAGUCCUGGGACACCUUCUUCCGCGACCUCCAGGCCUCCAGCCCGUCUGCUGAGGCGGGUGAGAAACGCCCCUCCACUCUGCUGCAGGGCCGGGUGGGGUCUCAUUCUCCAGAUACGGCACAGAAAGUAGUGGAAGACCAUCUGGCUGUGCACACGCUCAUUAGAGCCUACCAGAUUCGUGGCCAUCAUGUUGCUCAGUUGGACCCUCUUGGAAUUCUGGAUGCAGACUUGGAAUCCUUUAUUCCCUGCGACCUCAUCACCAGCUUUGAUAAACUAGGUUUUUAUGGUCUCAAUGAGUCUGACUUGGAUCGCACCUUCCAGCUGCCCCCCACCACCUUCAUCGGCGGCGGAAACUCCACUCUUCCUCUCAGGGAAAUCAUUCACCGACUGGAGACGUCUUAUUGCGGUCACAUCGGCGUGGAGUUCAUGUUCAUCAACAACGUGCAGCAGUGUCAGUGGAUUCGUCAGAAAUUCGAGACUCCUGGAAUCAUGAAGUUCACCAACGAUGAGAAGAGAACGCUGCUGGCCCGCCUGGUCCGAUCUACACGGUUUGAGGACUUCUUGGCCAGGAAGUGGUCUUCAGAGAAGCGUUUUGGUCUGGAGGGCUGUGAAGUUUUAAUCCCAGCUCUUAAAACCAUCAUUGAUACAUCAAGUGCUGCAGGCAUCGACAGUGUGAUCAUGGGCAUGCCUCAUCGAGGGAGACUCAACGUUCUCGCUAACGUGAUCCGUAAAGAGCUGGACCAGAUCUUCUGCCAGUUUGACCCCAAGUUAGAGGCAGCAGAUGAGGGUUCAGGUGACGUCAAGUACCACCUGGGCAUGUACCAUGAGAGGAUAAACCGUUGGACGGACAAAAAUAUCACACUGUCACUCAUGGCAAACCCCUCCCACCUGGAGGCGGUGGACCCAGUUGUUCAGGGAAAGGCCAAAGCUGAGCAGUUUUACAGAGGAGACACUCAAGGAAAGAAGGUCAUGUCCAUAUUGAUGCACGGGGAUGCUGCCUUCGCUGGACAAGGAGUUGUGUAUGAGACAUUUCACUUGAGCGAGCUCCCCUCCUACACUACACAUGGUACGAUCCACGUGGUGGUCAAUAACCAGAUCGGCUUCACCACUGACCCUCGGGUCGCCCGCUCUUCUCCCUACCCCACCGAUGUGGCCCGGGUCGUCAACGCUCCCAUCUUCCACGUGAACGCCGAUGACCCCGAGGCCGUGAUGUACGUGUGUCGUGUCGCUGCAGACUGGAGAACAACCUUCAACAAGGAUGUUGUCAUUGACCUGGUGUGUUACAGACGCUUCGGCCACAAUGAGAUGGAUGAACCCAUGUUCACUCAGCCGCUGAUGUACAAACAGAUCCGUCGGCAGGAGCAAGUGCUGAAGAAAUACUCUGACAAGCUCAUCGCAGAGGGAGUGGGAGCACAACAGGAGUUUGAGGAAGAAAUUGCCAAAUAUGACAAGAUAUGUGAGGAAGCUUACGCCAGCUCCAAGGAUGAGAAGAUCUUACACAUACGACACUGGCUGGACUCCCCCUGGAGAAAUUUCUUUACAUCAGAGGGUGAACCCAGGAGCAUGACCUGUGUCUCCACUGGCCUCGAGGAAGAGGUGCUGCAGCACAUUGGCCAAACUGCCAGCUCAGUGCCGGUGGAAGAUUUCACAAUCCAUCCAGGUGUGUCCCGUAUCCUGCGUGGCCGAGAAGAUCUGGUGAAGAACCGACAGAUGGACUGGGCUCUGGGAGAGUACAUGGCCUUUGGGUCUCUUCUUAAAGAUGGCAUCCAUGUGCGACUGAGUGGACAGGAUGUGGAGCGAGGCACCUUCAGUCACCGUCAUCAUGUCCUCCACCACCAAGAGGUGGACAAACACACCUGCGUUCCCAUGAACCACCUGUGGACGAACCAGGCUCUUUACACUGUCUGCAACAGCUCCUUAUCAGAGUACGGAGUCCUCGGUUUUGAGCUUGGUUUUGCCAUGGCCAAUCCCAGCGCUCUGAUCCUGUGGGAGGCACAGUUUGGGGAUUUCCACAACACAGCUCAGUGUAUCAUUGACCAGUUCAUCAGCCCAGGUCAGGCCAAGUGGGUCCGCAACAAUGGCAUUGUCCUCCUGUUGCCGCAUGGGAUGGAAGGAAUGGGUCCAGAACAUUCGUCGGCUCGACCAGAACGCUUUCUGCAGAUGAGCAAAGACGACCCCGAUCACUUCCCUGAGUUCACCGGAGACUUUGAAGUUCAGCAGCUGUACGACAGUAACUGGAUCGUGGUCAACUGCUCCACACCUGCUAACUACUGUCAUGUGCUCAGGCGACAGAUUCUGCUGCCAUUCAGAAAACCGCUGAUUAUUUUUACCCCCAAAUCUCUUCUGAGGCAUCCAGACGCACGGUCCAGUUUUGAUGAUCUUACUGAAGGUACUAAAUUCAGAAGGAUAGUUCCAGAAGAAGGUCCAGCAAGUGAAAGACCAGAUCAAGUGAAGAGAGUAAUUUUCUGUACCGGCAAAGUCUACUACGACCUGGCCAAAGAGAGGAAACAGCACAACCUAGAGGGAGAUGUUGCAGUCACCAGACUUGAGCAGAUCUCUCCGUUCCCAUUUGACCUGGUUCGAGCAGAGGCUGAGAAGUACGCUAACGCUGAGCUGGUCUGGUGUCAGGAGGAACACAAAAACAUGGGCUACUAUGAUUAUGUUCGCCCGCGGUUCCUCACGGUGGUGGCCAACAAGAGGCCUCUGUGGUAUGUGGGGCGGGACCCGGCAGCUGCUCCGGCAACAGGGAACAAGUCCACGCACCUGAACGAGCUGAGGAGGUUCAUGGACACGGCUUUCGACCUGAGCGCCUUCCUGGAGCAGAACCUGUAGAGGAGAUGAAGGCUGUAGGUUCACGUAGGUUUCAUCUCCAACCACUGAACUUGAACUUAGUAUAGUUUUAUAAGCCACAUGAUGUAGGUCAUUGUAUGAGUCAAAUCCAAAGUCAACUUUAUUGUCAAAGUCAGGCUGCAGUAUAAGUUAUAGUCAUCGCUAAUAAAGCUUAAAUCUAAGUUAAAUAACCCACAUAGUGUGGUGGUCUAAGAAACCACUUCAUGUUGCGUAGCACUUGUAAUGAUUUUUUUAGCACAUUUUUGAAGAAAAAUCUCAGGAUUACUAUGAUACCAUUGAAAAUGUUACAUUUGGUCUUAGAUUGGUCUGCUUUAAUCACACAACCAAUUAUGUUCAAGGUCAGUUUUACGUCAUUAAUCAGUUCCAAACCUCGUCAGACUUUGUGUAGAGUCUAAAGUAGAAAA